AUGAGCCGGCCCGAGAGCCCGGAUGGGAAGAACGCCCCGCCCCUCCCUCCGUUGGGGACUUCCCUUCCGGCGGGGUGGGACGUACCAUUCUCUCCGGCCCGUUGCCAUAGAUACCAGUAUCAACUUCCGGCAACUGGUUGCGAGCGGGGAAAGGAGCGAGCGAGCGGGAGUUGGAGACUUGGAGCCCGGGGGACUAUUGCCGCCAUGCCGCCUAAGGUGCCCUACAAGAGCCAUCAGAGCCAAGGUGGACAAAUAGGACCAGCAGUUAAGGCGGUACAAUCAAGGACUGCCAAAAGCACCUCAAAAAAACGGGAUGAAGAUGCAUCCACUGAAGUGGGAGAGGGGGCAGAUGAAUGGACCCAGUCAAAAACUCUACUCAAACCCCCGGACCAACUGGAGUUGACCGAAGCUGAAUUAAAAGAGGAAGUUACACGCAUCCUGACAGCCAAUAAUCCACAUGCUCCCCAGAAUAUCGUCCGAUACAGCUUUAAGGAACGAGCAUACAAGCCGAUAAGCUAUGUGGACCAACUGGCCAUUCACUUCUCCUUAGAUGGGAACCUGUUACUCAGAGACUCAGAUGAAGGCAGACGGCAGAGUGCCAAAAUAGGCUUGGAACCAGAACUGGUUCCUGUUGAGUCCACUGUGAUAGAAGUUGAAGAGACAGAGGUUAAAGAAGAAGGAAGCAAAGAAGAUAUUCCGGCUGUAUCAGCAGAGGAAGCAGGUGAAGGGGAAGAACCUCCUCCCCAUUCGAGGAAGGAACAGAAGCUCACCAACCAGUUCAACUUUUGUGAGAGAGCUUCACAGACUUUCAACAACCCCGUGCGGGAAAGAGCAUGUCAAAUGGAGCCUCCACCUAGAGCAACCUUUUCUGCCACUGCUAAUCAGUGGGAGAUCUAUGAUGCCUAUGUGGAGGAGCUUCAGAAACUGGAAAAGUCGAAGGAGAAAGAGAAGCAAAAACCCCUGGUUGCAAAGAAAGAAGACAAGCCGAGGGGGAGAAAGUUAACCUCUCUAGAGUCUCAGAGUGAUGAUGUAACCAAGGUGACCAAGGCAGCUAAAAUAGUGGAGCGGAUGGUCAAUCAGAAUACCUUUGAUGACCUUGCACAAGAUUUUAAAUAUUUUGAGGAUCCCGCCGAUGAAUACAGAGACCAGGAGGGGACUCUCCUUCCACUGUGGAAGUUUCAGUAUGACAAAGCCAAGAGGCUUGCAGUUACUGCCAUCUGCUGGAAUCCGAAGUACAAGGAUCUGUUUGCAGUGGGGCAUGGCUCUUAUGACUUCAUGAAGCAGAGCCGGGGCAUGCUCCUUCUGUACACCAUGAAGAACCCCUCCUUCCCCGAGUACAUCUUCAACAGCGAGAGCGGCAUCAUGUGCCUCGACAUCCACAAUGACCAUCCCUAUCUUCUUGUCGUGGGCUUCUACGAUGGCAACGUGGCCAUCUACAACCUGAAAAAGUCGCACUCGCAGCCAGGCUACAAGAGCUCUGCCAAGUCAGGGAAGCACACAGACCCCGUGUGGCAGGUCAAAUGGCAGAAGGAUGACCUGGACAAUAAUUUGAACUUCUUCUCCAUCUCUUCAGAUGGGCGGAUUGUAUCAUGGACUUUAGUUAAGAAUGAGCUGGUUCAUUCAGAUGUCAUCAAGCUGUCAGUAGAGGGAACAACGAUGGAAGGGCCAGAGGGACUGCAGCUGCAAACAAUUGGUUGUGGUACUUCCUUUGAUUUUCACAAGAAGAUAGAUUAUUUAUUUCUCGUUGGCACUGAAGAAGGGAAAAUCUACAAGUGUUCAAAAUCCUAUUCAAGCCAGUUUCUGGACACCUUUGAUGCUCACCACAUGGCUGUUGACGCAGUGAGCUGGAAUCCCUACCACAUGAAAAUCUUCAUUUCCUGCAGCUCUGACUGGACUGUCAAGAUCUGGGACCACACCAUAAAGACCCCGAUGUUCAUCUUUGACCUGAAUUCUGCUGUGGGGGAUGUUGCCUGGGCCCCUUACUCCUCCACUAUCUUUGCUGCGGUCACCACGGAUGGGAAGGCCCAUGUGUUUGAUCUGAGCAUUAAUAAAUACGAAGCGAUCUGCAGCCAGCCUGUUGUGGCCAAGAAGAAAAACAAAAUCACCCAUGUCCAGUUUAACCCCAUCUACCCCAUUAUCAUUAUCGGAGAUGACCGAGGCCACGUCACCUGCCUGAAACUCUCCCCCAACCUGCGCAAGAUGCCUAAGGAAAAGAAAGGCCAGGAGAUUCAGAAGGGCCCUGAGGUGGAGAUCACGAAGCUGGACAAGCUGCUAAACCUGGUGAGGGAACCGGCGAACAAGCCCGAGAAGUGAGAGAGAGGAAGGAAGCCCGGCCUGCUCCCAGCUGCACAUCGGCUCCUCUCCGUCCACGUGCCGGGAAGCGCCAGGUUCUGCAAACGGGCUCUCCUUUGACGGGCUCCUGUUUGCCGUGCAGGUAGCGUCCCUCUGAGCCUCCCGUCUUGUACACAGCAGGAACACUUGGCUUCUGCAUCCAAAUAAACGCGUUGAAAGGA